AAAUUUUUUAUAAUAAAAAUGGGACAUUGCGUUAGUAAAUAAAAAUCAUUAAAAAAUGAAAAAUAAUUGGAAUUAAUAGAAGAAUUAAAUAGUAUUAGCGAUAGUAUUCGCCUGUAAGUAAGCAUAGACAAAUUUUGUCACUGUUAUACCACAAAUAUAUUUUAUUUGUAUACCACUCAAAAAUAAAUAUCAAAUGAAUAAACUUCGUUUAUAGGUAUUUGCUAUCAUGAUUCAUUGAAAAGUUUAUCUAAGUCUGAUAUCACAACAAAUCUACUGAAUUCAAAUAAAAUAUCUUCUUUUGAGCUAAAUGAUCAUGGUAAUAAGACAAAAAAUAUCUAGCAUUUUUAGAGUAUUUAAAAACUGUUACAAAGCUGGGUAAAUUUACAGGAAAUAAGUCUUAAUUUUCUCUAUUUGAAGAAAAAAUAAAGCAAGAUAGGUGAUAAAGAAAUGGUUUAAUUUACUUCAACUUUAAUAAAAUGUUAAAAACUUCAUUCAUUAAAUCUUAAUUUCAUGGGAUAUAGAAUUUAGGAUGAAGGGAUAAGUAAUUUAGGACAUGCUUUAAUUGAAUGCAAAUAGCUAUAAAAUCUUUAAUUAUCUAUUAGUGAAAACGAGUGUUAGUUCAAAGCAUUGAAUAGUUUAGCGAAAGCCAUAUUAUAAUGUGAAAAGCUUCAAGUAUUAAAACUUUGCUAAAUUCUAAGUUAAUGUUUGAUAGAAGAGGCAUUAAAUAGUUAGCUCGUUUUAAACUGUGUUCAUUAUCAAGAUAUUCAAUUUAAAUUUGAUGGAUUUUAUGAUAAAAAAAGUAAUCGAGUGAUUGGUAGUUUAGAUCUUAGUAAAUUAAAUAUGCUUUUAAAUAAUUGCAGUUUGCUUUCAGAAUUGUCCCUCAUUUUUAUAAAUUUAUAUUAAGAGAAAGAAAAUGAAAAUUUAUUUUUAGAAAAUUGUGCUAAUUUGAAAGUUUUAAAUAUCAAGCUUUAAAUUAAGCGCAAAGAUUUAAUUUUUUUAGAUUAUAGUCCUUAUUUUGAAAUGCUUUUAAAAAAAUGCUAAAAUAUUUAGAGUUUAAAUUUAGAUCUUUACUAUUAAAAAUUAAGUAAUGAAUAGUUGUCAAAGAUUUGUUUAACUUUUGCAAGUAUUACUAAACUUAAAAAUCUUACAUUAAAUUUAAUUAAAAAUGAGAUCUCUUGUUUUGGAGCUAAAGAUUUAGCAGCUUUUUUAAGAAAAUAUGAUUUUCUUUAUGUUUUGAAAAUCUUACUUUUAAAAAACUAUAUUAAAGAUUAAUCUUCAGUUAGUUUUCAAUAAUCUGUGCUAAAAAUGAAGAGGCUUGUUUAAUUUGAUAUUAAGUUUUGA